AUGCUCUUCUGUCCAACGUGCGCCAACUGCCUGAUCAUCCAACUCGACGAUCAAGGCAACAACAAGUGGUCCUGUCACACUUGUCCAUACGAAUUCCCCAUCAUACGACAAAUGACAACGCGACAACAUCUGAAGCGCAAAGAGGUGGACGACGUCAUGGGUGGGGAAGAGAGCUGGAAGAAUGUCGACUCGAUCGAUGGUGCGUAUCUCCUCUUCUGCUGGAGGUCUAUUCUGAGAGAUUGUACAGGAUCACUGAUAUUCGAUGUCUGGCAAUGUCGUUCAAUGGUGCGCUACACAGUCCCAUGUCCCAAGUGCGAGAAUCCAAAGGCAUUCUUCAUGCAGCUGCAGAUUCGAUCUGCUGACGAACCGAUGUCUGUUCACACCGCUACCACAGCCAUGUGUGUGAUAUUCUGGACGACCAAAGAUCCUCACUACCACCUGAUCAUCGCAUCCAAUCGAGACGAGUAUCUAUCUCGACCUACCCUGCCUGCCUCUUGGCACGACUUUUCCUCGCCCACCUCUUCUUCCACUACUACAUCGUCGAUCUCUCCAUUGGUGUUGUCGGCACGAGAUUCAACGGGAGGCGGGACCUGGUUGGGAGUUACCCGCAAUGGGUCCUGGGCGAGCCUGACGAACUUCACGGAGCAAUCUGCACCACUCCCUGCGGGGUUGACCGCUUUUGAAUCCAGAGGUGCAUUGGUGAGGGAUUGGCUUGUAUCUCAAACCGCUUUCAAGGGUAAAGCGAGGGAGCUGGACGAAGUUCAACGCGAGAUCGAGGAGUACCUUUCGGAAGUUGGGAGUAGAGCGGAUCGAUAUCCCGGGUUCAACCUGCUCAUCGCCGCACUGUCUUCAUCCGGUGUGGUCGUAGGUUACACCACUAACCGCACCACCAGCGGGAGCGUAUCCCUCAACACCCCUCCUACCAUCUUCUCCCCCACCUCCAACACUCCUUCUCCCAACGGUCUGUCCAAUAGCAUCAUCACCUCUCCCUGGUCCAAAAUCAACCUCGGCUCUCACACCUUCACCUCAAUCCUCUCCGCCAACUCAGCGGACCUGCAAGAACAACUCUUCGAUCUACUCUGGACAUCUUCCCACCCCCCACCCACCCAACGAUCCGAGUUGAGAGAUUCGAUCCUCAUUUCUCCACUGCAGCUACCCGGUGUCCAAGAUGCCUAUGCAACAAGAACAAGCACCGUCAUCCUGAUAGGACUGUAUCCUUCAAAUUUUGAGGGAGAGGGGAAAGAGAGAAAAGACAUGGGAACCGGCAAAAGGCAUCGUAGACGAGAAGAGGAGGGGUUGUUUGGGCGACUGAUCUAG